AUAUAUAUAUAUAUUUGAGAUUGUCACAUUGAAUAAUUUAUACCCGACAAACAAAGUCGUCAUCGUGCACUUGGAAGCUUCUCCGCUUCUACUUCGGCGCGUUCUCCACGCGUGCGGACUUUUGUCGUGUGAAAAUGUGUCAAGUGGACAGGCUGAGAGCGCUGCUCAACGAGCGACUGAGUGCGGCCGUGGAAGAAAUUGUCGUCGUGUUUGGAAGGACCAUCGCGGAGUACGAGGAGGAACUUCGGCGGACCAAAGAGGAGAACCAGCGUCAGCGGCGAAUGCUCGACGCUCUUUCCGAGCCCCGAGUUGGCUCGCGCAAAGAAAGUUCCAGUGAAGAAUGUCUUCCAACUGAGCCGCAGGAGGCCGAGGCGCCGCAAAUUAAAGAGGAGGAGGAGGAGGAGGAGACGAAGGCCGCUGUCGCCUCGUCGCCGUCGGCCGGCGUUUCUCUGAAGGCCGGCGACGAGGGUGAAGGAGAAGCUGAUGGAGGAUCGCAAGCCCACAAGCUGGUAGCGCCGCUCUCCGAUCGCGAGGACGUCGUAAGGUCGGGGUCACCUGACACCGAGGAUGAGGAAUACUCCAAGAGCGAUGGGACAGGUCGCGCUGAGAAAAACCGCUGGAGAUGUUCUCGGUGUGAGAAAACAUUUCGCUACAGCAGCGCUCUCAUCAAACACAAUAUCAUCCACACGGGAGAGAAACCGUUCACGUGUUCAGUUUGUGGCAAAAGUUUUGCUCACAAGGGAAGUUUGACGGCUCACACGAUGACGCACACUGGGGAAAAACCCUAUUCCUGCUUGAUCUGCAACAAUCGCUUCACCGAUAGCUCGGCGUUGGUGAAGCACACCAGGAGACACACUGGGGAGAAACCUUUCAGAUGCUCGGUGUGCGGGAAAAGGUACACGCGAAAUGAAAAUCUGAAAGUGCACGCGAGAACGCACACCGGUGAGAAACCUUUUUCGUGCUCAGUCUGCAAGAAAAGUUUCAAUUCGCCGACGUCGUUCGUGCAACACAAACGAACUCACACUGGCGAGCAACCUUUUUCCUGCUCAGUCUGUAACAAAAGCUUCAAUUCGCAUUCGUCGUUUGCCCGACACAGAAGAACUCACGCCGGCGACGUCCAGUAACGUUCGCUCGUGCCUUCCCUCACAACCGUCGGCAUUCACGCUCGCACGCGUCUGGAGCCGGAAAUGAAGCUGCGGGACUCUCAAGACCUUGCCAAAUUUGCACUUUCGUGUAUUCAAGACUUUGAUGAGCAGGUCCGACUUUUGCGCUCAAAAAUGUGUCUUAGUCCACAAAUCGUGCUUGUGGCUUCCCUCAGAGGGUUGUUGUUGCUAAAAUCCACGCGACGGUAUCAUCAUCUCUUCGUUUCAUCAUAUUCAGAGUAAAGAGAGUCCCUGCAAUU